AUGUCCCCCAAACGAGCCGUGGAACGAGCAUCACCAGGGGCCGUAGAUCCGGGGUUAUUACACAAUGCCCAGCUUACUCAGCCUCUCGUUUAUAUUACACGUGCACUGGGGGCGUUUUACAUAUAUAAGGCAUUGCAGAUUUAUACAAUACAUUGGGAAAAAAAAGGAAAAAGAAAAGAAAAGGAAAACCAAACACAAAAUAUAAUUCACAAAUCACACACACACAAGAUGAGUACGCUAUUUAAAAUAAUACCAAACCAAUUUCUUCCAAGAAGACUUAGUUUCGAUUCAAAAUCUAAGCAAGACAAACAUGAAGAAAAACAAUUGCCCAAGAAGAAAUUGAGAAAAUAUAAGUACACGCCUCAUCAUACCAAGUAUCAAUUAUCUCCAAGACUUUCAUUCAUUUCUGAAUAUUUUUCCGAUACUGAUUUACAAUUUUCCAAGAUAAAACCUUCCAAUACCGAUACUUUUGAUUAUUUCUAUAAUGCCUAUGACUAUAACCCUACAGAAAGAAAUAUCAUCAAGCAUAAUAACCAUUAUUUAUACCAUACCAGCACUCAUCAUACAUCCGAUAAUAGUAUAAUAGCCGAUGUAGAUGAUUUGGGUAUCCCAUUUCUAUCCUUAAACUUGGGCUAA